GGGAGUAAUAGGCUGGGUUGUCUUGGAAGGGUAAGGGAUGGACACAGGCCUGAAGCCUCUGACACUCGCCCUUUGAGAACAGGAGAGGCAUACCGUGGCUUUUUCUAGUGAUAGGAAGCCCUGAUCUAACACUGGGAAGGGGAGGGAUAUCUGACUGGAUCAGUGGAACUAAGAAAUGUAGAUUAUCUCCAUUCUAAUGUGAGGUGGCUCCAGACUGGGCCCAAGCAAGGAACUUGGGAAGGUGAAGAAUGGAUUUUAAGUACUAGCUACCAUCUGACUUCUACAGACAGAAAAUUUAAGAAAAGUGAAGGAAUUUCUAGCCAAAGCCAAAGAAGAGUUCCUCAAGAAAUGGGAAAGCCCAGCCCAGAACACAGCCACCCUGGAUCAUUUCGACCGGCUCAAGACCCUGGGUACAGGCUCUUUCGGGCGAGUGAUGCUCGUGAAGCACAAGGAGACUGGGAAUUACUUUGCCAUGAAAAUCCUUGACAAGCAGAAAGUAGUUAAGCUGAAGCAGAUUGAGCACACCCUCAAUGAAAAGCGCAUCCUCCAGGCUGUGAACUUCCCAUUUCUUGUCAGGCUAGAGUAUUCUUUCAAGGAUAACUCGAAUCUAUACAUGGUGAUGGAAUACAUCCCAGGUGGUGAGAUGUUCUCCCACUUACGACGGAUUGGCAGGUUCAGUGAACCUCAUGCCCGGUUCUACGCCGCUCAGAUUGUGCUGACCUUUGAGUACCUGCACUCACUAGAUCUAAUCUACCGAGACUUGAAGCCUGAGAACCUCCUCAUCGACCAGCAGGGCUACAUUGAGGUGACAGAUUUUGGCUUUGCCAAACGAGUGAAAGGCCGAACAUGGACCCUUUGUGGAACUCCAGAAUACUUGGCUCCUGAAAUCAUUCUGAGCAAGGGUUAUAAUAAAGCUGUGGACUGGUGGGCCUUGGGUGUCCUCAUCUAUGAGAUGGCAGCUGGCUACCCCCCAUUCUUUGCAGACCAGCCCAUUCAGAUAUAUGAGAAGAUUGUUUCUGGGAAGGUUCGCUUUCCGUCUCACUUCAGCUCAGACCUGAAGGAUCUGUUGCGUAACUUGCUCCAGGUAGACCUCACCAAACGCUUUGGCAACCUGAAAAAUGGAGUCAAUGACAUCAAGAACCACAAGUGGUUUGCUACUACCGAUUGGAUUGCCAUCUACCAACGGAAGGUGGAAGCUCCCUUUAUACCAAAGUGCAAAGGCCCCGGCGACACAAGUAACUUUGAUGACUAUGAGGAAGAAGAGAUCCGGGUGUCCAUCACUGAGAAGUGCGCCAAGGAGUUUGCAGAGUUUUAGGGCCAGCGUCCCCCCCUUGCUUUUGUGUGCCCAGGAAAAAGGAAGGGCUGGAUUUGAUCAGCCCCACGGGCCAGAGUUCCUUGCCUAUAUGUUAAUUUUGAGAGGUGGGAGAGUGUUGGGGUUCGUCUGGAUCUGUUUGGGCAGAAGAGAGA